GAUUUUAUUACGGAGAUAACGAGAUCGUAGAGGCCACUCUCUCCAAUAUUAACGCUGGGCUUUACCGCCGCAGCCCUAGCCUUCGUGUAGAUCGAUCGAGUUGCGGUCGAAUAUGGCGUCUCAGGUUUUGGUGGAGGAGAAGCCAUCUGUUAGGAUUCUCACACUCAACAGACCCAAGCAGCUGAAUGCCCUUUCCUUUCCCAUGAUUUCUCGCUUGCUGGAAUUGUUCAUCGCCUACGAGGACGACCCUACCGUCAAACUCGUCAUCCUCAAGGGACAAGGAAGCGAUGUUGCAGCUGUUGUUCAUGAUAUUCGUCGCGGUCACUGGAGGCUGGGUGCCCAUUUCUUUUCCAAGGAAUUCGUACUGAAUUAUGUUAUGGCAACAUAUAGCAAACCUCAGGUUUCGUUUUUGAAUGGUAUUGUCAUGGGUGGUGGGGCUGGUGUCUCCGUACAUGGUAGAUUCCGUAUCGCAACUGAGAAUACGGUUUUUGCUAUGCCAGAAACAUCUCUAGGGCUCUUUCCAGAUAUAGGUGCCUCGUACUUCUUGUCAAGGCUCCCUGGAUUUUUUGGAGAGUAUCUUGGCCUCACAGGGGCAAGGAUAGAUGGCGCCGAAAUGCUUGCUUGUGGCCUUGCCACUCAUUUUGUCCUUUCGACGAGCUUGACUGCAUUAGAAGAAGAUCUGUUCAGGGCCGGUACUGGUGAUACGGCCUCCAUUUCAACAAUUAUCGAUGCAUACUCCCAGCAACCUCGUUUGAAAGAGCAGAGUGCUUAUCACCGGUUGGAUGUCAUCAACAAGUGCUUCUCGAGGAGGACAGUUGAAGAGAUUAUAUUUGCUCUUGAAAGGGAGGUCGCUCAUCAAGCGGACGAUUGGGUCUCGGCCACAAUUCAGGCAUUGAAGAAGGCUUCCCCAGCAAGCCUUAAAAUCUCUCUUAGAUCGAUAAGAGAAGGACGACUGCAGGGGGUUGGGCAAUGCCUUAUCCGCGAGUUUAGAAUGGUUUGUCAUGUGAUGAAGGGAGAUAUAAGCAAGGAUUUUCUCGAGGGGUGCAGAGCUAUAUUGAUAGACAAGGAUAAGAACCCCAAGUGGGAGCCGUCGAGACUGGAGGGCAUGGGGGAGAGCAUGGUGGAGGAGUACUUCGAGAGAGUGGAGGAGGAAGGAUGGGAGGAUCUGAAGCUUCCUGCUCGUCGUAACUUGACUGCUUCGGCCGUGGCAAAGCUUUGAGAAAGGUGUCUGCUUGAUGGGUAAGAAGUCGAUGGAAGACAUGAACGGUGACUGAGAGUGAAUUGGCAUAUAGACUAUGAAUGUUAAAAGGUCAUGAAUUGGCAUAUGAACUGUGAAUAACACCAAAUCAUUGAUAAGUUUACUUAAAAACACA